CUCCUGUAGACCACAACACUCUUUACUGCUCUCUGGUUGGUACAUGUGGCGUGUGCACCUUAGUACCACUUGUCUUUCUUACUAAAGAUGUGGUGAGUUAUGCAUUAUUUUCUCAAACUACAUUGCAGUGCGGGUGUUUAUUCCCUCUUCUCUUUACAGGUCUCUCAAUAGCAGCAUCCUGACAGACAGGUGGGACUGAACAUGGCUGUGCUGCUUGGUUUUCCAGCUGGUAUCUGUGGUCUGAUGAGAACACAGCUUGGUGAUUAGUGAAGUGGCAGUCAGAGACAGCCAUGUGUCAGCUGGAAGUGCCAGAGGCCAGACUGGGCCUGAACAGUCCUGACCCGCUGGUAAGAGAGGCUUUCCUGAUGGCCCAUGACUACAUAGACUAUGUAACCAGAGGAGGGGCUGAUGGCACCAUGGGUCCUGCCCCUACAGCCUGUACCGCAGCCCUGCGCCACGCCGGAGACGAGCUCCUCACACGUUUCCCCAUCUUCUUCAGGCGCUGGCCUCGCGUCUUCCAGGAUGUGACAGAGAACACGGCCUGCCCCAUGCUCAUGAGCAUCCUGGAUGAGCACUUCUUCCCCCCUGUCCCCGGCGGGCGACGCAGGGACCUGGCCUGGAGCGCGGUGCUGUCGGUGUAUGUCCUGGCCGGCCAGAUGGCUUUGCACUGCCAAGAGAGGGGCAUGUUGGCGGUCCUGCCUCAGCUGAAGGAAUGUGUGGGGGCAUAUGUGGACAGGGUCAUCUGCCCUGAGAUACGAGACAGAGGAGGAUGGACUGGCUUUGUAUCACGCUUUGGAGAGAAGCAGGACUUGGAGGGCCAGCUGAAGAAAGCCUGUUGGUGGACACUACUGGCACUGGCCAUAAGCAUCAUCACCUACUUCUUGAUAAAAAGAAUGACUUAGCCAAUACUGUCACCUAGUGACUGCAGGCAGGAACUCUACAGGAGUGGACUGCCACAGGAAAAAUGCCGGCGUAGGUGCUACUUCUAAAGAAACUUGUCCAUGUACAUAAUUAUUGUCCACAUCCAGCACAGUAUUUCACAUCUAAUGUUGUGGAGCUGUUUGAGCUGCCUAAUGAAAUGUGUCUGCACAGCUAAUCCUAUAAUUCUGCAGAAAUUGUCCACACAGCAUGUUUCACAUUUUAUGUCCUGUCGGUCAAAUGUACAAACUUGUGAUGUGUUUAAACUGUUCCAGGUCACAUGCCGGUGAAAAUCAAAAGCUUAGAGUUGUUUGUGCAGCAGAAUGUGAACUCUGAUCAGGUAUUAUAAAUUAAUCACCGCUGCAUGAGUUAGCUUUGCAAAGUCAUCAUGUGCUCAGUGAAAAUGACAGACUGAUCAGAUUUAAGUGCACUAAAUGUAUGAGCUACUCAGGAGCUUUUUGCUGCAUUUGACCCCUUAUGUUCAGGUUUAACAGGCUCUACCAGUUUAUUCAAGGGGCCGUAUGCUAAACUGUUACAUCACCAAGUCUAAAUUCCAAUAAUGUUUGUUACACAGCUACACUUUAUGUACAGUGUAGCAAAAUCCAUUAAGAAUUAUACUUUAACAUGUUUAUCAGCCAAUUUAAUAUUAUCAGUACAUCAUUAAAACACAGGAGACAAACUUCUAUUAUGCUGUGGAACUUUUAUUCAGAACACAGAAAACGUGAAAAGACAAGAGGUGUACAAAUGAAAAGCUGAACAGUGGAACUCUGGAAGAACAAUUAAACAAUAAAUUUAGGCCAGUUCCUCUUCACCCUCCUCCUCAAACUCUCCCUCUUCCUCAGCAGUGGCAUCCUGGUACUGCUGGUACUCAGACACCAGGUCAUUCAUGUUGCUCUCAGCCUCAGUGAACUCCAUCUCAU